AUGAGGGAGCUAGAGGGAAGGUUAUCCGAGGCAUCACCGUGGGGCGAGCGUAAUGGUCUCGUGGUAAGUCUAGCGCACCCCCCUCCUACGAUCCGAACCAUCAAAGACAGCUCGAUAGCUGCCUCUAACGACCCUCAAGACUACGAGAUCAUCAUCAGGACUAAUCGGCCCGAGAAAGCCGAAGCAAUACAAAAGCUCGGAUCCACGGCAAUAGUGACCGCAGUGAACCAGGUAAUCGACCUGGCUGCAAAACAGGGACAAACCUUCAAAGGCAUCAAGGUAGUGGCAGUAUACAGCUUCCGCAGUGGUGACAUCAAAAUCAUCGCCCGGAACGCCAAACACUUCGAACUACUAUUGACACAAGAAAAAGAGUGGCUGUCUGCCUUUGAUCAAGGUACAAGGCUCAAGGAAGAAACCUUUCAGAGCGUGGCACACAAAGUCAAUAUCGAAGCAGCGGGAAAGACAUUCGUCGAAGGGUCGGCGGCGAUAUUUGACGAGAUCCUCAAGAAGAACAACCUAGAAGGGUGA